AUGAAUAGGUUACUGCUGUUGGCUCCAACGAGGCCAUCGUCACGCCUACUUCUGAGCAAACGAUAUCCUGUUUCAUUAAGUAACUUGUCUACAAAACGAUCAAUCAGUUGGCAUCGGACUGUUUUAUUCCAAAAAUGUCAAAAUAUAUGGGACAAAUCUAAAACAGAGAAUAUUUCGUCUAACGGUAAGUCAAUUGUUAGCCAGGUAGAUACGCCGAAACCGCCUGUGGUUAAUCAGGCCGCUAAAAACCCGGCCCCUAAAAGUAAUUCCAAGACGCCUACAAUUUCUGAGUUAAGAAUUCUGCUGGACUUAUUCAAGUAUAUAUGGCCUAAGGGAAAUGUUAAGGUUAAAAGUCGUGUUGUGAUUGCUAUUGCGUUGCUAGUUGCAGGUAAGCUUUUGAAUAUUCAGGUGCCAUUUUUCUUUAAGAGCGUAGUUGAUUCUAUGAAUGUCGAAUGGAGUGACGCUGCGACAGCGAUUCCACUUGUUACUAUGAUCACGAUUCUCUCAUAUGGUGCUGCGAGGUUUGGAUCUGUGCUGUUUGUUGAACUGAGGAAUGCUGUGUUUUCUAAAGUUGCACAGAGUGCAAUCAGCCAGGUUUCACUACAGACAUUUCAGCAUUUGAUGAAAUUGGACCUUGGAUGGCAUUUGAGUAGACACACCGGGGAAUUAACAAGGGCGAUGGAUAGAGGUUGUAAAGGUAUAUCAUACGUUCUUGGUGCGAUGGUUUUCCAUAUAAUACCAAUAACAUUUGAGAUCUCCGUUGUGUGUGGCAUUUUAACGUACCAGUUUGGAGCAUCUUUUGCAGCAAUUACAUUUUCGACCAUGUUACUAUACUCUAUAUUUACAAUUAAGACUACAUCUUGGAGAACGCAGUUUAGAAAAGAUGCUAAUAAGGCAGAUGGAAAGGCUGCAACGGUUGUGUUGGAUUCUUUGAUUAACUUCGAAGCAGUGAAGUAUUUUAAUAACGAAGGUUACUUGGCUCAAAAGUAUCAUAAAUCUCUUCUUUCCUAUCGCGACUCUCAAAUCAAAAUUGCACAGUCUUUGGCGAUAUUGAAUUCAGGACAGAGCUUGAUUUUUACUGUCGCUUUGACGGCUAUGAUGUACAUGGCAAGUAACGGUAUCAUGCAGGGCUCACUAACGGUGGGAGAUUUGGUGCUAAUAAACCAGUUGGUUUUCCAGGUCUCAAUGCCAUUAAAUUUCCUUGGUAGCGUGUACCGUGAUCUGAAACAAUCGUUGAUAGAUAUGGAAUCGCUAUUCAAGUUGCAAACUAAUAAAGUCAAAAUACAGAAUUACGAAAGACCACUAAUGUUGCCUGAAAAUAUUCCUCAUGAAAUCAAAUUUGAAAAUGUGACGUUUGGAUAUGAUCCUCAACGCCUGAUCCUAAAAAAUGCUACCUUUACGCUCCCCGCGGGUAAGAAAACUGCUAUUGUUGGUUAUUCUGGGUCAGGCAAAUCUACCAUCUUAAAACUUGUGUUCAGAUUUUACGACCCGCAGCAGGGCAGAAUAUUGAUCGACGGUAAGGAUAUCACUACCAUCGAUCUCAAUAACUUACGGCAUAACAUUGGAGUUGUACCCCAGGAUACGCCUUUGUUUAACGAUACGAUCUUGGAAAAUAUAAGAUUCGGAAAGAUCGAUGCUACGCAAGAGGAAAUUGACAAAGCCAUAGAGAAGGCCCAGCUAUCAAGGCUAAUAGCUAACCUUCCAUCCGGAACGAACACUAUUACUGGAGAACGGGGCCUCAUGAUCAGUGGUGGAGAGAAGCAGCGGUUAGCAAUUGCUCGUGUGCUUCUAAAGGACGCUCCAAUUAUGUUCUUCGAUGAGGCUACUAGCGCACUAGAUACUUAUACCGAGCAAGCCGUACUGAAGACCAUAAAAGAAAACUUUACUGAUGGCAGUAAAACAAGCGUUUUCAUUGCUCAUCGGCUGAGAACAAUUGCUGACGCUGACAAGAUUAUUGUGCUGGAAAAAGGAGAAGUCUUGGAAGAAGGAACUCAUAUCUCUCUCUUAAGCAAACCCGAUUCAAAAUACAGUAAACUAUGGAAUAUUCAAGAGAAUGUAAACUCUAUCGAGAAGAGUGAACCAUUAUAA